AUGAAAUCGCCCGCCCGGGUACAGUUAAACACGUCCAAGGUCCAGGGCACUCCUGCCCUUGCCAUAUCUUUGAGUGACCUCAGUGCCUUGCAAGUCUACCUCGAGUCGGAUUCGAUAGCCAGCGAGUGGGUAUCAGGAAACUGGGUGAAUAAGAAGUCGGGCCUCAGCGCCGCGCUUUCAGGCAAUGUGGACGUGGGGAAGCGGUUCGAGAUGAUGGCUCUCAGCAUGACGAGUUAUCUGCGCUCUGGGCCAAACUCGAUCCCGGCAGCCGGGACGAGCUUCAGCAGCCAGCCCUUUGUUUCCGCGCGGUGGCCGUAUUUGAUAGGACCCGGCAUCAUUCAGUCUGCGGCGUUGCUAUUUACCAUGAUGGCCAUAGCCGGGAACCGGAAAAGCCGCAAUGUGCCGCUGUGGAAGUCGUCUGCGCUUGCCGUUCUCGCUUGUCACUAUGAUAGCCAGUCUGGCAAAAUACAGGCCAUUGGUAUGACGGUGGACAUGAAAGAGAUGGAGAAUACGGCAGAGAAGAGUCUCGCACAGCUGGAGUAG